CUCAGCUCUACAUCAGGAUGUGUGGUAUGGCGGUGCUGUUAGAUGACGGUGGCGGUGAUGAAGACUUUGACGUGUGUGACGGGGUCCGGAUGCUCGCUCCUCCUCCUGUGGCUCAGUGUGACGGUGGGGUGUGGGGGCCUCGACGGGGCCGAUGCGAGUGUGUGUUGUGGACGCUGGUCCUGCUGCUGUGGGACGUUCUGCUGCUGCUGGUGUGUGUGGGGCUGAUGGUCCUGGUGUUCAGUCUGAUUCUGCUGCCCGCCGGCCUGCUCCUGUACGCCGGCUUUCUGUGCCACUCGCGGGUGGUGGCGUCUUCGGCUCCUCUCUGCCAAUACCUGGACGACAACAGUUGCUCCGCCCUCAUCAUCCUGGGCUUCGUCAUGAUGUCACCGCUUGUCGUGGUUGCUGCGGCGACGUUCUGCGCUCUUCUCAGGAGGCUCCACCUACUUUUAUAUUUUCAGCCAAUCACAGGAGCCCGGUACCAAGGGCGGGGCUUGGGCUGGAGGCGGGACUUCCACGCCUGGGUUUGACGGACAGGCACACACACACCGAUCUCACCAGUGAGUGACGUCAUGGGACAGCGACGGCGCAUCUGUAAAUGUAACACUCGUAACACAAUAUGU